AGGCAUCUCCGAUAGUAGCUACAGAAGCCAUGACUGUAUGGCAUGAGUUGCUUCAGCUGUUGGGAGCGAAUCUGGUCGCCGCAGGCGAAGCCGAAAUGCAGCGGGAACCUCCAACCCGCGGCUGCCUGGGUGCGCCAGCGCCUGCAAAGCCUCGGGCCCGAGCCGGGUCCCGGCUUGCACGGCUGGGCCGACGGGGAGGUUCGGCUCUUCCGGCUGCGGGGCCCGCAGUACUUGAAGCUGCGGCACAAGGUGCCGGCGCGCGAGGCGCUUUACCGCUGCACCGGCGUGGAGGUCUUUGAGGGCCCAUGCCAGCUGCGGAGCUGCACGGAAGGCCUUUGCGUGAAGGGCUUCGGGCCUUUGGGCUUGCCCAAGGUCAUCCUGGUGCACUUCCAACUGCCGUUUCAAGCUGGUUUGGUGGGUCAUCCCUGGAGUGAUCCGGGCUGCAGCGUGGUGGUCUUUUUCGAGCUGAAGGAGCCCUUGGAGUCGCCGGCCACGCGGCUGCUGCUGAGUUUUUUGGAGGAGCAGCAUCCCAAAGCUGAGGGAUUUGCUGAGAGCGGCUGCUUGAAGGUGGUGGGCCUUCUGGAGAACCUUGAGGACUUGGAUAUCCCAGCUGCCGCGAGGCCGGUGGUGAGAAAGUUUAACGGGAAGCCAGUCUUGAUUGAAAAGGAAAGCCAUCACCGGCGCUUUGGCGACGCUGUGGAGAUAUGUGUGGAUGUGCGAGGCUUCAACCCACUGGCCAGGGGCUUGCUUCGCAGGCUGCGAGAACAGCUGCCGAAGUCCGUGAUGCAGCUGGGGAUUUUAGUGCAAGGCUGCGAGGAUUCCGAGCUGCCUGAAGACUUCUUGGGCGUGGUGCGCAUCGAGGGCUUGGACCUGCUGCAAGGGCGCCCCGUGUCUGGCGGGACAGUUGAUGGUCCGCUUUCCUAGCCGGGCAGAGUCGAAUUUGGGGCUGUCGAAACCCCAACAGUUAAUCUGCGCUAGACAUAUUUGGACUGGC